UCUCCAUUCUUUCACCUUAAACUGGGAUACAGUGUAUUUGGUCGCAGUCUCUGCGCGCCAUCCAGACGCAGCAUCAACCAGCCUGCAACAAUAAUGUCUGGGGCAAGAAAGGGAGAAGGGUGCGUGUUUUUGGCGGUGCGCGUUUAAUUCCUCUGUGGAUCGUGGACAUUUCGCAGCCCGGUGACGCUUUAGAUGCUCUGCAUGUCAGGGAGCACUAUCCAGCCAUCCCCAGCGUGCGUGGCUUGCACUGACCUGCAUUUUCUGCCGUGCAUUUCUAUUGGGAAAAUGUGGGUCGGGUAGCUGAGGUUCACCUUGCGCUAUGAGUAAAUAUAUAUAUUUAUUACCUUGUUUAAAGAUUUGCUUUGGAAAUCUCUCCUAAUUACUGACUGCACCUAUUUUCCCUGCCUCUACGUUUUAGAUUUUUUCAACCUCCCAUGUAUAGAUUUUUUUUUUCUUUUCAUCAAUCCUACACAACCAGAUCAUGGUUUUUCAGUUCUUGCGAGCAGAAUCUUCCAGUCUUGCAUAGGAAAUAAUUUCUCUGUGUGAUCGAUAUGGAUGGCUGGAGCCGGGCAGCUACGGUGGGGGACGGUUCGGUGAAUUUCACAGCAGCCCACCUCUGGCUGGAUGUCGUGAACGCGUCGGGCCGGUGGGACAGCAGCAGCAGCAGUCCACCUGCAGAGGGAUCUGGGCUGGAGGAGCAGCAGGAGCGCCUCAGCACGGAGCAAGCCUACCGGGACUUCACCACCGCCGUCCAGGUUCUCAUCCUGAUCGGGUCGCUGCUCGGUAAUGCAACCGUGCUGUGGUGCACCUGCUGUACGAGUGUCUUUAAAUCAGUGACCAACAGAUUCAUAAAGAACCUGGCAUGUUCGGGCAUCUGUGCUGGCCUGGUGUGUGUCCCCUUCGACGUGGCACUUGGAGCCAGUCCCCGCUGCUGUCUGUGGCUUCACACAUUGCUGCUCUGCAAGGUUGUGAAAUUCCUGCACAAACUGUUUUGCUCUGUCACUGUGCUCAGCUUCAGUGCCAUCGCUCUUGAUAGGUACUACUCGGUGUUGUACCCCUUAGAGAGGAAAAUCUCUGAUGCCAGAUCUCGAGACUUGGUCAUCUAUAUCUGGGUGCACGCCGUCGUGGCCAGCCUCCCUGUGUUUGCUGUGACUAACGUUACUGACGUCUAUGUCACCUCAUCGUGCUCAGAUGACCACGCUCGCUCUCCGGGUCACGUGGUCUUCGUUUUGAUCUACAAUCUCACUACCGUGAUCUUCCCUCUGGCCCUUGUCUUCCUUUUUAUGCUGCUGAUCCGCAGAGCGCUCAGCGCCAGUCAGAAGAAGAAGGUGAUCAUUGCAGCUCUACGGACUCCGCAGAACAGUAUCUCCAUUCCUUACGUGUCACAGAGAGAGGCAGAGUUGCAUGCUACCCUGUUGGCUGCUGUGCUGGCUUUCUCAGCAUGCAGUGCCCCCUACGGAGCAUUAGUGGUUUAUCGUACGAUUUUUGCAGACACUAAAGAGCUGCCUGUCUCACUUUAUCUCACAGCUCUUUGGCUUCCCAAGGUUUCCCUCCUUACCAAUCCUGUCUUACUUUUGACGGUGAACCGCUCAGCACGCCAUAGCUGCCUGGAACUGUUGUCCAGGAUUCACAGGCGCUACAGCCGCCGUAACGUGGUCAAUACCGGUGGUUUAGCCUCUAUAGGGGGCGAGGGGGUAAUUGGUGAGCCUGUGGGACUAGAUACAGCUGGUCGAUCCGGGAGCCAGCUUUUGGAGAUGUUUAAUAUCGGCCAACAGCAGAUCUUCAGACCUUCUGAAGAGGAGGAAGAGGAUGCAGAGAAUGAGAUUCCUUCUCAAAUAUUAGGAGGAAGCUUGGAGCCUAAAGAAAACCUGAAGGAUAGGUCAAGACUGGGAAGCUUUAAGGGUGAAAUGAACACUUCAAAGGACCCAGUUGGAGGGCUGGUCAUCACGAAAGAGGCUCCUGCAGUGGCUAAAGCAGCUCGGGCCUCUCCCGUUCACACAUGCGCGUACACCUCAUCUUCACAGGUGGCGCCAGCUACUCCCACAGAAGCAGAGGACUCCCCACAGUUUGGUUUUGGACCAUUUGAGUUGCCACCUCAGUGGCUUCCUGAGACCAGGAACAGCAAGAAGAGGCUGCUGCCUCCACUGGGUAACACACCGGAGGAACUGAUCCAGACCAAAAUACCCAAACAGCGGCCUGAACGUCGGAUCAGUAGGAACAACAAGGUCAGCACAAUUCCUGUCGUGGAUCCAUGAAUUAAGUCUGUUAGGCUUCAGCCUACUUUACGGGACUGAAAAUGUUUUUGCUGUUUUCUCUGCAGAUUUUUCCUUUUUAUAGUAUCUUAUUAGACUUUCCACUACUAAACCAGCAGCACUGUGGACUUUAUACUGGAAAAAUUUGCUUUGAUAUGAAAUAUUUAUAAUGUUUUAACAAAGAUUGAACUUUUACCACAUUUUUGACUGUUCCAGUUUUAUAAUUAUGAAAUGUUUGAGAAGAAAAAUGCCUUGAAGAAAAUACCUAAAGCGCUUGCAUUAUUUCUCACGUUGUCACAUUACAACUGUACACUUUAAUGUAGUUUAAUGGAAGUUUAUGUGAUGCGUCGACACAACGUAGCAACCAACUUGGAAUAAGGUGGAAUAGAAAUGAUGCACGAUUUUCUACACUUGUUUUCAAAAAGAAAAAUCCAAAAAGUGUGAAGGUUGAUAAGUAGGGCAUGCAUAAAAAUUCAGCUUACCUGAGGCAACAUCAAAUGAAGACCAACUUUUACUGCAAUUUUAUCUCUAAGACUUUUGGUGAAAAAUGGUGUCUCUGCCACAUUAUGCAUUUGGUGAAACAUAUUUUCAAAUUAAUUACUGAAUUGGCUUAGAAGUGUGCUCCAAGUUGAACCCUGAGACCUCAAGAUCCAAUGUGUUAUCAGAAAUCCCUGGACCUUCUUCCUGCAAGGCAACAGUGCAGACUGCCAUUUGUAAUAGGCAAGAAAAUAAAACAAUAGGAGGCCUCAGAUUUAGUUUAAAACCAAUUCACACCCGGUUGAUGUGAUCAAACAUCUCUCGGUAAGCUAUCAAGGGUAUGAACGACACCUUAUUGUUUGAGGAGUGAGAUCUUACUGAGAUCUGCUGAAUGGAACGUCUCAAACAAGCCUAAAAGCCUGGAUUGUUUCCCUUAGCGUUGAAUUACAUAGCUUGUAGUAAACUGCACCUCUUCAUCAGUGAGUUUUUGAUCUCUGCUGCUCCUCCAGGUUUACCAUGAUUAACUGUGAUUCACAGCGUCUUUGCUGGGCCUGUCGGUUGUUGGAUUGGACCUGCAAGAUAUUCAUGAAUCCAAGAUGGGAGCUGUUUGAAACCAUGCAUCAUUUUAAUAAAUAAAGCUUUACUUUGUGUUGGUCGUAGCAUGCAACCCAUAUAGGGUAUCUUGAGGUUGUUGGAUGUAAGAUGUAAAAAAAAAAAAAAAAGAAGAAAAAAAAAAGAAGAGGUAUGAAAAUUCUGUGAGUGGUACAUGUGCUCCUUAUAACCGCGUGUCUCCUAAUUAAAAACAAGAAAUCUUAACAUCAGGAAAAAAGUGCUAAAGCUCAAGGAUAUAUCAAUGAAAGUUAUGUUCAAAUAAGGACUUUGGCAUUGCAGAAAACUAUACUGAUUUGAGGGUUUAGUGUGACUGUGCUCCAUCCUCUAUAUUCAUGGAACUCCUUUUCUAACAUUUUUUUGAGAUCCCUAAAAUCAAUGUUAAACUUUCUACUCUUUGUUAUCUUCAUAUUUCUACUCUUUGUCCAUUAAUGUUUUACACACAAUUGUUCAUUCUUUUUUUUAUAAGUCGGUUUCUUAUUCUGAAAACUGCAGAUGUGGAUUAUGCAAAUACAGCUUUGAAAUGA